AUGGCUUCUGGUCAAGAGAUGGAUGCUACUAAGGAGGUGCCUGUUGUUGGCAAUGAAGGAGAUAAUGCUACUGCUGCUGCUGACAUUGAUCUCAACCUUGAGGACUUCGUGGUUGACAUGGAGAUUAAUGGAAGUAAAGCUGACAUUGAGGCUGAUGCUGACAAUGAGGAUGAGGCUGGCUCUGCUGAGGGUGUCUCUAAUGAGACCGAGGACAUCGCUGUUAAGCUUCAGACUCAAAUCACGGAGCAGAACAUUCUCAUUGGAGAGCAGCACUGCCGCAUCCAGAACUUGGAGGCUGAUUCUGUUAAGCUUCAGGCCUUGAUUGAGAAGCUGACCAGGGAGACUCAAUACAAGGAGAUCCGGCGUGGAAACCUCUACCAGCCUGCUCUUGCAGCAGAGCGAGUUGCCAAUGCCGUUAACAGCCGUGCUGCACCUGCUGAUGCACCUCCUGCUGUUCCUCCUCCUACUGGAGCACGUGCUGAGCCUCCUACUGCAGCAGCAACUGCUUUUGGCUCAUGCCCAUCGGCCCUGCCUCGUUUUGUCCAUGGCAAAACUGACGUUGAGACUUGGCUCUCCAUUGCGGAGGACUUUAUGUCCAUCCACAAUGUGCGUAGCGAGGCUCGCGUGGUCGCUGCGACCCUUGCCCUGUACGACACUGCGAGCAAGUUGGUGUAUGCCAACAAGCGCCACGCAGAGGCUAAUGGCCAUCCUUUUGGCUGGGAGGAGUUCAAAGGUGCCAUGCUGGCGGCAUUCCUGAGUCAGCCCCCGGCUCUCGAGGUGCGCAGCCGCCUGGAGAACAUCCAGUGCGAUGACCACCCUGUACGCGAGUACGCCAAGGAGUUUGAGAAAACUCUGUCGCUGCUGAAGACUGCUCUUCCUAAGAGCGAGGUCAUCCACCAGUUCUUCAAGGGAAUCCCUGAGCACAUCAAGCGUGUGCAUGUUGUUCGUGGGGAGCACCAGUGGAGGACCUACAAGGAGUGCAAGGAGCGGGUCAUUGAUAUGGAUGUGAAUUUCCGUGCGUACAUGACUCACGCUAGUGCUUAG